UGCACUGCUCAUAGCAAACGACGUCGUAGUAUUUGGCAAGUCUAGGUAAUCGUUAACGAUGCGUCGCUCUCUCACGUCCAGUCACUGCAGCCGACGAGCCGGCGAUCAACAUCUCUACGUUCUUAAUUCUUUGCGUUCCUAAUUCCAACAUUACCAGCGGAUCACAGAUAAUAUAUGAUGCAGCGUUUAUCAACAAGAGUCUCUUCAAGGAUGGUGUUGUCCUCCAUGGCAACUCUGUUUGGCAAUGCUUGGUGUUCUUCUUUCCUCCCAAAACAGUCUUUCAGUACCUCGUCACUGCGAGGAGGGCUCCAGAAAUUGCAAAAACAAUCUAUUCCAGGUGAUUCAUUGAAGUGGGGUUCGCUCGGUUUCUGUCGAACAUCGAAAUUUGCUACUGGUUUCACACCAUUGCAACUUAAGCCGUUGGAUUCGAUUAUUGACAUUGAGAGGGCAAAGACUCAAUCAGCUGAGGAUCUUGCUUCCAUUUGGGAUGAUGCCGAACUGGAAGCAUAUUUUAUUAUUUAUAGCUGCUCUACUUUUCAUCAUCGCACAUUCAUGUAUCACUUGGGAAGAGGUCACAUUGGUACUUCCAUGAAAGCAAAAUUGUAUCAUUUGUUGGAGCACAGAGCGGCAACUUGCCGGUACUUCGUCAUUCCUUUGUGGAGAGGAAGUGGUUAUACAACAAUGUUUGCUCAAGUACAGAUGCCACACAUGCUUUUCACCGGUCUUGAAGAUUACAAAGCAAGAGGAACCCAAGCUGCUCCCUAUUUCACUGUUUCUUACCACACAGAAUUUGCAGAAAGCCAUGACUUGGUGCUUGCUAGGGGUGACAUUGUGUUCACGAGCAAGCUCAGUGACAUAGAGGCAAAAUGGCUAUUGGAGACUAUGCAAUCUUUCUACUUGAAUGAUGUUAGGUACAAGCUGGUAGAACGGUUCAACAGAGAGGCACGCGAAUUUGAGUUUGAGGACGUUUUACGAAUGUUGGAUAUGCCCAUCUUGUAGUUUUUCCAAGUAUUGAAACUUUUGGCUUUGUCUGCAGCACUACAAUUGCAGCAGAGGCAGUCUGCAUGGGAGUUUCAUCCUUUAAUCUUUCAAAUAGACAAGUGAAGACUGAUUUUUUUUAAGAAACUUUUGGUCCAGAAUUUUUUUUCCCCCUGAAACUUGGUUCAAGAAGAUGUAAUGUUUGAAACUUUGGUUAUGAUACAUCAAAUGGACAACUUUCUCUACCAAAGGCAAUGAAUUCUCAAU